AUGCCAGCUUUCUCUUCAAACUCCACCACCUGGACCCCUACUUUCACCAACUUCACCUUCCCCACUUACACCAACACCACCAAAAACCAGAUUCUGACUAAAGUUGAAGACACCGUCAAGAGCUUUUUGGACAACAUUCCGUUGCCCCGAUGGCUCACGGUGGUGCUGAUGGUCGUGGGUGCCAUACUCAUUCUCAUCAUCGUCCUCUGCCUCUGCCUCAAGUGCUGCCGUAAAAGCAAGACGAAGGAGAAGAAAGAUAAGAUCGGUCUGAAAGGAGUGAACGGGGGCAGCACCACAGCGCUUCGGCGAUUUUGGAAAUCCAUCAACCCGUUGCGUUUGUUUCGUGCGCGCCGGAGAAAGAAGAAUAAGGUCCAGCCGGAAGUGACAGAUCCAGACUACGGCUCGUCCAAAGAGUUCCGCGGGAAGCUGCUGUAUUCUCUGGACUACAGCGUUCCGCAAUCUGAGCUGACGGUGGGGAUCAAAGAAGCCGACAGCCUCAAGGCCAUGGACCUGGGAGUCAGCUCCGAUCCUUACGUCAAGGUCUACAUGUGCCCGGACAAAAACAAGACGUGCGAGACCAAAGUGCUCAAGAACACACUCAAACCGGUCUUCAACGAGAGCUUCACUUUUCAGGUGUCUAAAGCCGCUCUGUCGAAGUCCACCGUGGUGAUGCAGGUGUAUGACUUUAACCGAUUUUCCAAACACAACAUCAUCGGAGAGGUCCGGCUACAGCUAGAGAACUUUGACUGGAACCACGUCAUGGAGGAGUGGCAGGACCUGAGCGAACCGUCCAGACAUGAGGAGGAGAAUCGAGGUGACAUUUGCUUUUCCCUGCGAUAUGUCCCGACUUCAAACAAGCUGACAGUGGUCAUCCUCGAAGCUAAAAACCUGAAAGUGAUGGAUCUUGGAGGAAGCUCAGAUCCGUAUGUGAAAGUGCAGUUAACCUUGGACAAGAGGAAAUGGAAGAAGAGAAAGACGUCAGUGAAGAAGAGGACUCUGGCUCCGUAUUAUAACGAGUCCUUUACUUUCAGCGUGACCUUCGAACAGCUCCAGCGGGUGAACCUGGUGAUUGCGGUGUGGGACUACGACACGAUGACCCGGAACGACGCCAUUGGGAAGAUUUACUUGGGCUGCGAGGCGUCGGGGAACCAGCUGAGGCACUGGGCCGACAUGCUGUCCAACCCUCGCCGCCCGGUGGCUCAGUGGCACAGUCUGCUCUCAGCUCAACAGGUCGACUCCGCCCUCAACCUCAAACGGAAGCUCCCAAAGCCGCCUAAGCUCCCCUUUAAUGGACACCGCUGA